AUGCCGGAAAACCCUAGCGCGGAUUCACCAGCUGUCGCCGCCAGCAUCGCCACCGUCAAGCGUUAUGCUCCUCCAAAUCAACGGAAUCGAUCUCUUGGCCGUCGUAAAUCUGGAGGGGAUCGACUCGAACGGGCAAAUAGCUAUAUGAAUGAUGGAGAUAGGAACCCCCUUGGUGCCACCAAAAGUGGUCCCAUAGCAGAUCACAUGGAUUCUUCUUACAGUAAUCGUGCGAAUGAAGCUGGUCGUCCAAAGUUAAUACCUUUAUAUGGGUGUUGCAACAGUGAGGCUGCACAGCUUCAUAGCAACCGUUGGAGAGCUGCCAUGAAUGCACUCAACAGUUUGCCAGAGGAUUCUGUUGGUAAGUGUUGA